CGAUUCCGGACAACCUCCGCUCGAGGUCUUACAAGGAUACAAGGGACCAAGACCCCGGCCCUCCAACGGUAAUUGACAGACCUCGUACCCGAUGAAUCUCCAGUGUCGCCACCAGAUCUACCACAGUUUAGGUCGGAGGAUGAACGAAAUUGUGCACAAAUACUGGCUUCAGAAACGCAUGUCUUGGCGCAUCAAAAGGUCGACAACCCCCCUGGCUGCUGGAGGUCUUUUAGAAUCGAGCUCAAUGUCGGUGGUUAGGUUGCAUUGGCUCUAGUCAUUUAGUUGCGAAGCAUAAAACUUCACCCUGAGCGGUUGACCCGAUUCUGUUCUUCUUUCGAAAGUGCGUCACUGUAUUAUCCUUUGCGUCGUUCUUGGCUCUGCACGAUCGAAACAGUUCCUGUGCAAAGCGACUGCACGAUCGCUUACUUUUGCAUAAAGCCGAUCCUUGGCGUUCUUAAUCAAGACUGUCAGAAUGGUGAUCGACAUGAAACGAGCAACGGCGUAUCUGGCGUCGUUUGCUGCUUACAUUACUUCGGUCAAUGCUCUUUGCGCAUCUACAGGUGCUCAAUGCUGUGGCGCUCUCGCGAAGGUCCUUCCCGGCCAGGUUUUCUAUCCUAACACUACAGUCUAUAAUGAACGUGUCGAGGCCAUCUGGUCUGCCACGGCUGCACUGCAUCCAUGGUGCUUCGUGCUCCCCGAGAGCACGAAUAACACAUCAGUAGUGAUUGAAACUCUUGUGGUUAACCAAUGCCCCUUCGGUAUCAAAGGCGGUGGCCACACACAUUUCGCUGGUGGUAACAGUAUUCACGACGGAGUCACGAUCGACUUUGGAUAUCUGAACACUACAACCUACGACGCAGAGAACAAAAUUGCCUCAGUCCCGCCUGGUACGCCUUGGCAGGCAGUAUACGAAACCUUGGAGCCUUUUGGUGUAACAGUCACAGGGGGCCGUGCUGGCGGCGUCGGCACAGCUGGUUUCAUCACCGGAGGUGGGAAUUCAUUCCACUCUACAUCUCACGGGUGGGCAUGCGACAAUGUCAAGAACUUCGAGGUAGUCCUGUAUAACGGCACAGUCAUCAACGCCAACAUAGAUAAGAAUAAUGACUUGUGGCAAGCACUCAAAGGUGGAUCAGGAAACUUUGGUCUUGUCACACGCUUCGACAUGUAUGUCAUUGAGUUCCCAGACUCUGCAAACCCGAACAUCUGGGGUGGUAUCGCACAGUACGAACUCAGUGCUGCUGAUGAUCUGAUUGAUUCUUAUGUCGACUUCACCGAGAACAACUACCUCGAUAAGAACAGCUCCACCAUGCUUUACUGGGUCUACAGUCACUCGUCAAGAUCACUCAUAGUGCAGGUGGCGAUGGACAACACUCUCAAUAUCGCAUAUCCCUCGGCUUAUGAUCGCUAUCUCAACACUUCAGGGAUCAUUGGUACCUCAUUGAGAUCUGCCCCUAUGUACGAGAUCACUGCCGAGUUCGAUGCAGGCCAGCCAGAUGGCCUCCAAAACAUCUGGAUUACGAGUGCUUACAAGAACGAUGCCCGCAUUAUCAAGUAUGCCGCAGACAAGCACGAAGAGCUUAUCGUGGGAACUUUGGCCGGCCUAGUCAGCAACGACAGCGCUUUAGUGUCAUUGUGCUCAGCCUUCCCGCUUACACAGGCAAUGAUUGAGCACGGUAACGCCAACGGUGGUAACGUGAUGAACCUCGAGCAAAAGUCAGGCGGUGAUAACGGUGUGCUAUUCCUUGCCAGUCUAGCAAUCGACGGCGAGGAGAACGCAGCCAUUGCACUGCCCAUCAUGAGACAGUGGGUUGACGAGGUCGACGCCUAUGCCACGUCGCUCGGUGUCAACUGGGAUUGGCAAUUCUUGAACUAUGCUCAUGGGGCAUUCCAGCAAUCUAUCGCGACGUAUGCGACAGAGAAGAUCAGGGCCGCUUCGCUUAAGUACGAUCCUGAUCAGGUUUUCCAGAAACUCCGCAAGACUGGUCACAAGAUCCCCACGGAAUCGUAAGAAGGAC